AUGGGCGCCCCACCAGGGAUAUCGUACCUCCUCCGAAAAGUCCCCCCUCUCCUCUUCCCAGGACUGCUCGCCUACGCUACUACCCACUAUGUCAAAAGAUUUACAGGAAUCUCUCUCCCAGGCUGGGCGGUCUUUCUCUGUGUAGUCCUUGCCAAACCGCUUCAGUUUCUUGUAUCGACUCGCUACAGGCGCUACUUGAACGAAAAGGAAGCGCAGAAACUGGGUGCAAAGAUGGCACCUCACGUUCAGGAAAGUGGCCUCGCCAUUGUCUCCAAGCUUUUGGAGAUGUUUGAUCGUGGAUAUCCUGGUGACACUCUUCAAGAGUGGGCUUCAAAGCAUGGGAACAUCUACGAGACUCGUUUACCGACAGAAGGUUUCGUGAGUGACCAAACCCUCCAUGAACUUAAGAGACUCCCUAUCAUUGAACUUGGAACCUCUACCGCACAGAUAUGGACAACAGAACCUGAACAUGUGAAACUGAUUAUUGGUAAAAAGGCAAUCCUCGCUACAGAGUUUGAGAACUUUCCUAAAGAGUCGCUCUUCAUCGAGCAAAUGGUUUCUCUGCUUGGUGAUGGAAUAUUUAGCGUCAACGGAGAAAAGUGGAAGUUCCAUCGUGCGAUGACACGUCCGUUCUUCACCCGAGACAGGAUCAGUGACUUUGACAUCUUCGAUACACAUGCCUCAAAGGCUUUGACACUUGCUAAGGAGAGACUAGAAGCAGGCUAUCCCGUCGAUUUUCAGGACCUUGUGGGACGGUUCACAUUGGAUUCCGCUUCAGUGUUCCUUUUCGACGAGGACCUCGAAUCACUCUCAGCUGGCCUGGCAUAUCCGUUCAACUGCUCCAAAGAGAACGCGUCCAAUCAUCAGUACAGGGAGCACCCUUCCAAUCUGUUCGCUGAUGCAUUCUUGGACGCAAUCACGAAAGGAACUCGGAGGACCUUCUGGGGUCAGGAGUGGCCCCUCGCCGAGUUUUGGUCCGAUGUUGUAAAGCCUGGUCGAGAGGUCAUCGAUAGGUUUGCCGAAAAGGUUAUCAACGGUCGUCUAAAGAAAGGAGGGGGCGCUGAAUUCGAAGAGAGAGAUACACUUCUGGAGCAUCUAUUGAAUAAGACUACGGAUACGCGGAUGAUUAAGGACGAGCUGUUUAGUAUGCUCGUUGCCGGACGAGAUACAACUUCUUGCACCCUCAGCUACGCCAUGUACAAUAUGACACAACAUCCCGAGGUCGUUGCUCGGCUGCGAGAAGAGGUCAUGGAGUAUGUUGGUCCAACGAAACGUCCCACUUACGACGACAUCAAGGGUAUGAAGUAUAUUAGGGCCUUCAUCAAUGAGGUUCUACGUCUUUAUCCACCGGUGCAACCACAGAAAAGCACGGUUUUCAAGACCAAGGACGGCCCUCGGUACUACAUCCCAGCCAAAACGACAGUACGGUAUUCGGUCUGGGCAAUGCAUCGACGUAAAGACCUCUGGGGCCCUGACGCGGACAAGUUCGACCCUGACCGAUUCCUCGACGAGCGCCUAAAAGAAUACCUCAUCCCAAAUCCAUUCAUCUUCGUCCCCUUUAAUGCAGGACCUCGGAUCUGUCUAGGACAACAGUUCGCCUACAACGAAGUCUCGUUCUUCCUUAUCCGCCUUCUCCAACAGUUCUCGGAAUUUGAAUUGGCGCAAGACGCUCAGGAUCCUCAAUUUGCCCCUCCAGCCAGUUGGGCCCAAUGCGAAGGCACCAAGGGGACAGACAAGGUCAUGCCGGGAGCGAAUCUGACUCUGUAUAUCAAAGGAGGAUUAUGGGUUCGCAUGAAGUGA